CAGUGGCCCGAAGAAGAUAAGCCGGUGGAGCCCUGAGCUGAAGUUGCAGUGAGAGAGAGAGAUGAUGAAGGAGAAGCUUUCCACUGUAGCGAAGACCUUCACCCCAUCGCCCAUUCAGCAGCUCUCGCUCCUCGCGCAGAGAUGCAACGCCAUCAACUUGGCCGAGGGCUUCCCCGACUUCCCUGCCCCUCACCACAUCAAAGCCGCCGGCAUCUCCGCCAUCAACUCCGACUUCAACCAGUACAGGCACGUUCAAGGAAUAUGCGACCGCUUGGCGGAGAUACUGAAGGAUACGCACGGAUUGGAAGUUGAUCCUUUGACUGAUAUUGCCAUUUGCUGUGGUCAGACUGAAGCAUUCGCCGCUGCCACGUUCUCAAUAAUCGACCCUGGUGAUGAAGUUAUACUGUUCGAACCCGCUUUCGAGACAUAUGGGGGUUGCAUUUCUCUGGCUGGGGGUGUUCCGGUAUAUGUGGCACUUGACCCCCCUUACUGGACUCUGGAUGCUAAAAAGCUCUUAAAUUCAUUCACGAACCGAACAAAAGCUCUUGUGCUGAACAGUCCUCACAAUCCAACUGGGAAGGUCUUCACUCGGGAUGAGCUUGAGGUUAUUGCUGGAGCUUGCCGCAUGAACGACUGCCUAGCUGUAACUGAUGAGGUGUAUGAGUAUGUAACUUAUGAUGGCAUAAAGCAUGUAUCGCUUGCCUCACUUGCGGGAAUGCAAGAGAGGACGAUCAUUACCUCUUCGCUAUCUAAAACUUUCAGCGUCACAGGUUGGAGGAUUGGGUGGGCAAUUGCUCCUGCUUUGAUUGCCUCUACGAUUAAGAACAUUCACAUCAGACUAACAGAUUCAGCUCCAGCACCAUUCCAAGAGGCUGCCCUGACUGCUCUAACAUGUCAGCCCCCGUAUUUUGAAUCACUAAGACAAGAUUAUGAAUCAAAGCGAGAUUUUCUGGUCAAGCUUCUUGUUGGGGUUGGUUUUAGGAUCCGAUCCAAGCCCCAGGGAUCCUUCUUCUUGUUUGCCGAGCUUCCUGAGAACUGCCUUCUUUCCGAUGUUGAAUGUGUCAAGAAACUGAUUGAAGAGGCAGGGGUGGUUGCUGUCCCAGGAUGCGGUUUCUUCCCUUCAAUUUCCUGUCCGUCAGAGGAUUCGCACACGGUCGCAGGAAACCAAUUCAACUACCAGAACAGAUUUAUAAGGUUCGCUUUCUGCAAAAGUGAUGCGACGUUGUCUUCUGCUGCACUGAAGCUGGGUGAGUUCAUGAAAGCAGUAGGUCCGCUCGGGUGAAUAAUUUGAGAUCGAUUUUCGACAUGGAGUAAUCUGUCCAUCUACAUUAAGUGAAAAGUGUGAUGGAGAUUUGACAUAAGAUAUGGAGAUACCUUGACUAGGUUUUCGUGUCAAUGGAUUGUCUAAUUCUCACUAAUUCAGGUGAUUUGCUUGAGUUGUUUCAUUGAGAGAUUGCCACCCAUUGAUCAAAUAAAAAAUUGAGGCCUUUAUGAACGAAAAUUGAAGGUUGUAUGCAA